AUGGGUUCACGUUGUUGUCGGCCUUGCCGUUGUAGUUGCUGUAAUUGGUCUUGUGGUUAUUGUUAUUGGUGUUGGCCUUGUGGUUGUUAUUGUUGUACAACGACAGCCGAUAAGAGAAUUCAAGGACCACAGGAACCACAACUGCCACCGCCACCGCCGCCACCGCCGCCACCACCGCCACCACCGCGACCACCACAAUCACCACUACCACCUAUUGUGAUACCACAGCAAGAUCUAACCAUCUUCGAUCGAAUUGUGCAUGACACAAACUUUUCACAUAUCAUUGAUGCAGAAAUUCCAGUAAAACAUGAUUUUGUAUUCGCUUUUGUUAUUAGUGCAUCUACCGUUUAA